UACCCUUGCCAAUCCCCCCAUCCAAUCGGGCCCCGAAGGUAGAAGAGCCAGAAGAUCGACCGGGAUUACCUACGCCAGGGACUGAGCGGCGCGUUUGAGAGAGAGAGAGAGAGACAGAGGAAAGAGAGAGAUCCGCAGUUAGGGUUUUCAGAAUCGAGGUCAGUUGAGCGUCUUAAUCUCUUAAUACUCUUCCUGUUCUUCUCACGGAGGAAAUGGAGUCGAGUGUGAGAGGUCCGUAGAGAGGGCGGUGAGGUGGAGAGCCGCGAGCGACCAGGAGAGAGAGAGAGAGAAAGAGCGCUUAGGAUUUUGAUCACAAGGCCAGGGACCUAGGCGAUUUUGCUAAAUUAACAUCUCCAUGUCGGAGAAAAAGCUCGUGGUUUUGGGAGUCCCGUGGGAUGUCGAUACGGAUGGCUUGAGGGAUUAUAUGAGCAAGUUUGGGGAACUGGAGGAUUGUAUUGUGAUGAAGGAGCGGUCCACUGGUCGUUCUCGUGGUUUUGGAUAUGCAACAUUUGCAUCAGUUGAGGAUGCUAAGAAUGCAUUGUCCAGUGAGCACUUCCUCGGCAAUAGGGCGCUGGAAGUAAAAGUAGCCACGCCUAAGGAGGAAAUGCGAGCACCAUCAAAGAAAGUCAGCAGGAUAUUUGUGGCCAGGAUCUCACCAUCUGUUACAGAAGCUGCUUUUCGAAGUUAUUUUGAGCAGUACGGUGAUAUGACAGAUUUAUACAUGCCAAAGGAUCCAAGUACAAAAGGGCAUCGUGGAAUUGGUUUCAUUACUUUUGCAAGUGCCGAAUCUGUGGACAAACUGAUGGAUGAAACUCAUGAAUUAGGCGGCUCGACGGUAGUUGUGGACAGAGCAACACCCAAGGAGGACGACUUCAGACCAAUAAGCCGUGCAAGUCGUGCGACACAAGGUGGUGUAAGUCGUGUGUCACAAGGUGGAUAUGGUGCAUAUAAUGCUUAUAUUACCGGGGCAACUACAUAUGCAGCUCUUGGUGCUCCUACUUUAUAUGAUCAUCCUGGCUCCAUCUAUGGAAGGGAGGAAUUCACCCGAGGAAUGGGCAAAAAGGUUUUUGUUGGCAGACUUCCUCAGGAGGCCACAACUGAUGAUCUUCGUCAGUACUUUGGUAGAUUUGGCCGGAUUUUGGAUGUCUAUAUUCCUAAGGAUCCUAAGAGAACUGGCCACAGAGGUUUUGGGUUUGUGACCUUUGCAGAAGAUGGUGUUGCAGAUCGUGUCUCUCGAAGGUCUCAUGAGAUUUGUGGACAGCAGGUUGCCAUUGAUUCGGCUACGCCUAUUGAUGAUGCUGGUCCCAGUGGAAACUUCAUGAGGGAUGAUGUUGAACCAUAUGGUGGUUAUGGCGGUCCUGUGCGAAGUUAUGGGCGAAUGUAUGGAAGCCUGGAUUAUGACAAUUGGGGGCCCUAUGGCAUGGGUGGAGGGAGACCUUCACGAGCAGAUAUGAGGUAUAGACCAUAUUAGAGAUUCAAGUUCUGUCCUUGAGAGCAAUCAGCAUUAAGAACUACGCUAGUUUUUCUUUUUUCCUGAUAUUCAACAGAAUAUUUAAUGGGUUUUGCCUAUGUAGUUUGCUUACACCGUCAGGAAAAAGCAUCGAAUGUUGAUAUUUGAAAAUUUGAAAUGAUUUCUUGUUUAAUUCAACUUAUUAACUCAGCA